AUGGCCUGCUCCGGCCGGUGCCUCUUUUCCCCGCUUCCCUUCCUUUCCGAUUCCCAGAGUUGGCCUGAAGAUGGCUGUCAUCAUCAUGAUCGCUGGUGCAACCAUCUCCUUCGAUUGGCGCGUCCUGGGAAAUUGAGCUUGUCUACUCAGAUGACACCGUCUAAAAUAGCAUCCAACAGACAUGAACGACAUGUACUAUUCACGGAAGAUGGUUUGUCGGCUACGCUCAACCUUGCAUCCCCUUCCGAAGCCACACAGCCUAGCGCUGCACCAGCUGGCCAGUGGGCCAUGCCAUAUCGUCCUAUGCAAGAAAAGCGCCCGGAUGCACAGCGUCUUGGCACAGCUUGUACGACAUUGGCCUCUUCUCGUCUCGUAUGCUACCUGCAGACCUGGCUCUCGACUUCAGAGCGGUGUAGAGAAGAAGACAGUAUCUCCUCAACCAUUGGAAGUGUAUCCAUGACUUGCCAGAGUUAA